AGGGCGGCCCGCUCCGUGUCUCGUGUAAUUGGUCGUAGACGAAGCGAUCUAGUCAUCGGCGCGCUGGUCUUCCCUCCCGACAUGCGUCUCGCGGGGCAGCCGAAGGGGCGGCUGACCCAGGGCGGCCCGGCUGGUGGCCGGUGUCUCUCUCGCUCUCUCUCUCUCUCUCGCUCUUUCUCCCUCUCUCUCUCUCUCUCUCUCUCUCUCUCUCGCUGUCCUCUUUCUCUCCCACCCUCCACCCAUCUUUCUUUCUCUCUCUGGAGAGAGGUAACCCAGAUUUCAAAAAUGAAUUGCUGCCUACUUCUCUCCAUCUACUCCCUCCUUACAUCUCUCAGUCAGUCACUCUCUCUCUCUCUCUCCUGCUCUCUCUCUUUCUCUACAUCAUCCCCUCUUCCAGUCGGUAAAAACAGAAUCAAUCUUGGAAAGUGAAAAUCGCCUCCGUGUCUCUGCCCCUCUUCGCUCUCGAUUGGAUAAAGCAACACGGAAACCCUUCCUCUCCUCCAGCCACUUUCUUUCCUCGAAAGCUUCAGGCUCAUCCCUCGCUUUCUUUCUCUUCUUUUUUCUCUCCCCCCAACCCCCCCGCCGCUCGGUGGCUGUCGAGUUUUUUUUCCCGGAGUGCAGUUACCUCUGACCGUGGCGUGUCGCUUCUCACGGUCCCGUGUCCUUUUUAUGAGGCGGGGGUCGGGUCCGAGGACAAGCAGAGCCUGACGGGCCGCCAGGAACCAGAGGACAGAGAGAGAGGACAGAGUGUGGGCGGCGAACCCCUCUUCCCCUCGUCCGUUAACUGAUCCGCCGCUCCUACAGCGGGCAUGUCCGGCCCGGUCUCCCCCUCCCCCUCCCCUCUGCCCUCCCCUCUGUCCCCUCCUCCCAGGCUCCCGGUCUUCCAGCGGAAAGGGGCCCUGAAGCACAAGCGUGUCGUGGAGGUGAAGGACCACCAGUUCACCGCGCGCUUCUUCAAACAGCCCACCUUCUGCAGCCACUGCACCGACUUCAUCUGGGGUAUAGGAAAGCAGGGAUUCCAAUGCCAAGUUUGCAGUUUUGUGGUGCACAAACGCUGUCACGAGUUUGUCACGUUUACGUGCCCUGGGGCGAUCACUGGACCUAAAGCAGAGGAUCUGAAGAGCAAACACAAGUUUAAGGUCCACACCUACUCCAGCCCAACCUUCUGUGAUCAUUGUGGUUCUCUGCUCUAUGGCCUCAUUCACCAGGGCAUGAAAUGCUCCAGUUGUGACAUGAACGUCCAUAAGCGAUGUGAGAACAGCGUGCCCAGUCUGUGCGGACACGACCACACGGAGAAGAGAGGGCGGAUCCACCUGAGCGUGCGCGGGGAGAAGGAGGACAUAUAUGUCACAGUGAGGGAAGCACGGAACCUGAUUCCCAUGGACCCUAAUGGCCUGUCUGACCCCUACGUCAAGCUCAAACUCAUCCCCGACCCCAAGAGCCACAGCAAACAGAAGACCAAGACAAUCCGCUCCACUCUGAACCCUGUCUGGAACGAGAGCUUCACCUUCUCUGUGCGUGGUAGGCAGUGGGACAGGCGCUUGUCAAUAGAAGUAUGGGACUGGGACCGCACUUCUCGGAACGAUUUCAUGGGAGCUCUGUCGUUUGGAGUGAGCGAGAUAUUUCGACGUCCCGUCAGCGGAUGGUUCAAACUACUUAACCAAGACGAAGGAGAAUACUACAAUAUCCCAGUCCCUGAUCCAGACCUGCAGGAACCAGACGCUGCUGCGUCUCCCUCUCUCCCUCCUGCUCCUGCUUCCGUGGCAACACCUGUGCCUGCCGUGACCCCGCCCAUUCUGAGUCCCACCCCCAACAGUGCCCCAGCAGGGAAGGGCCGAAUUGGACUGCAUGAUUUCAACUUCCUUAUGGUGCUAGGAAAGGGCAGUUUUGGAAAGGUGAUGCUGGCAGAAGAGAGGGGAAGCGACGUCCUGUAUGCCGUGAAGGUCCUGAAGAAAGACGUCCUGUUCCAGGACGAGGACACCGAGAGCGCCAUGGUGGAGCGCAGGGUGCUGGGUCUGAACGGCAGGCCGCACUUCCUCACCUCGCUGUACUGCGCCUUCCAGACAGAGGACCGCCUGUACUAUGUGAUGGAAUACGUGAAUGGCGGGGACCUCAUGUUCCACAUUCAGAUCGUGGGGAAAUUCAAAGAGCCACAUGCAGCGUUCUACGCGGCAGAGAUCGCAGUGGGGCUCUUCUUUCUCCACAGCAAAGGCAUCAUCUACAGAGACCUGAAGCUGGACAACGUUCUGUUGGAUAGCGAGGGCCACAUAAAGAUCGCCGACUUCGGGAUGUGCAGGGAGGGGAUAGAGGAGGGUGACACCACGCGCACUUUCUGUGGCACUCCUGACUACAUCGCUCCCGAGAUCGUAGCCUAUCAACCCUACGGGAAAGCGGUAGACUGGUGGUCAUAUGGGGUUCUCCUUUACGAAAUGCUGGCAGGGCAGCCUCCAUUUGAUGGCAUAGAUGAGGAGGAGUUGUUUCAGUCCAUCAUGGAGCAAAGUGUUUCAUAUCCCAAGAGUCUGUCUCGCGAGGCCGUCGCCAUCUGCAAGGGGCUCCUGACCAAGAACCCAGCGAAGCGUUUGGGUGGAGGAGACGAUGCACAGAGAGAGAUAAGGGAGCAUCCUUUCUUCCGCUGGAUAGACUGGGAAAGGCUGGAGAGACUGGAAAUCCAGCCACCCUUCAAACCUCGGGCUGGAGGGAAAAAAGGAGAAAACUUUGACAAGUUUUUCACGUCUGCCUCUGCCGCCCUCACGCCAUCUGACCCGGAUGUACUUGCAGCCAUCGAUCAGGAAGAUUUUCGGGGCUUUACUUUUUUCAACACUGAUUUCACUGCAUCACCGCUCACCGCUGUGUGAACUCACACAGCACAAACCAGCUUCUCCUUGCCCACUUAUCACUACUCUUUGUUCCCUGCAACCUUAAAACGUACUUGCUCUAUAAGCCAUGAAUUAAAAGUAACCACAAUAGACAAGCCACUGAAGAUUUAGUGUGCAGUAAAAUCGCCAGUGUUAAAUGAACGAUGGAUUCGAAUGCACUGUUCCUGCUCAGGCAAAAUGUCUUCUAUAGUUAUCUAGAGAGUCUACCUGUAUCACUGGGUGGCAUUGCUAGCCAUUAAGAGAAUCGAAUAUGCUCAGAAAUAAUCUACUGUGUGCUCUGUAGAAAUCAUAUAUUAGUUAUACAUGUAAGCAUUUUUGCACUUCUCUCUGGGAGGACAUCAAAAUUCAAAAUGCCUGGGGAACUUUUAAGUGCAUUGUCACACCGCAAGACGCUCGCGGACCGACAACAAUAGAAGAGUUUAUUAACAAUACAGUCAACAACAAACAAAUCCAAAAAGCAAAUCCAAUCCAAAGUCGAGGGGCGAUCAUGGACAAUUUAACAGGGGCAAACAGGGAUAUCCAAGGCAAGGCAGAAAAUCGAGGUAGAACAAAAUACGAACAAUGGCCAAAACAGGGAAAUGCACAGCAGUCCGAAAAUAACGCUCGAUAUGCACUUAAACAGGUCGUAUGACUUGCUUAAGACCGUGCAAAGCAUAUAAAUAGGCUACGUAAAUGAAGAACAGGUGCAGGCACUUAAUAUUCCGGUGACGAGGAUCUCCCCGGAGGAUUCUGGGACAUGUAGUUCGUGGCAGAUCUGACGGACUGCAUGACAUCCAUAUUGUUAUGGGAUGUCAUUUCUCACGGUGAAUACCAACUUACGUUGGCCUGUUCUCACCAGACACACCUAGUGGUGUCAGUGGUGAUAUCAUCUACUUAAAGGGGUGCAUUCAGUUAGUCAGUGAAGUAUGUGAUGUCCUGUGAAGUCCACAUUAUGGACUGUAUUUGUUUGCUUCCAUACCUAUCUGACUAUGGUUGAUGAGCACAUCCAAUAUACUCUCCCACCAGUUAUUGUCUGAUGGAGUGGAGAGCACUGUAUUUGACUCACUGGAAUAAAAUCACCAACAUGGACUCAUGGAAUCUUGUACCUUCUCCUCCAAGUUAAAUUGGAAUAUUGCUGUACGUGCAUGCACAAAACGUGAGAGUUCCAUUCAAAUCUGAAAGAACCAUGAUGAUCGAUGUUACUUAGCAAUAGUUAGAAUAAAAGGUGAUAACCGUCCACGCUCUGUGGAAAUGCUUUCUUUUGUUUUACAGUGGUUACAAAGCACUGGAAUGACUUCUAUAAGUUGCUAAUUAAGAACCAGUGUGGUCAAUAGUGGCUAUUUCUUUUGUCCUGUUGAAACGCAGUGGUAGCAAUGGUUUCUGUAGCGUGCCGAAGACUCCAAGAUCUCUUUCCUUUAGUUUAGAAAGUACAUUUCUCAGUUCAGUUUAGACUUACUUUAUUAUCAUUCAAAAUUGGUAGAAUGUAUAAAUUAAAUCUUAAUGUGGUAAUUGUGUAAUUAUAACAAAUGUGUACCGCAGAUCCACCUGGUUGUUAUAUAUGUUCUAAAUUACAUAUUUGCCCUCUGAGUAAAGAUAUGUAAUACUGCAUGAAGUAUUAAAACCAUGUAU